GUCUCACGUUCAGACGUCCGCGCAUCUUUGGCAGUCGUCACAUCACUGUUACACUGACUGGAGUAACGCACAGCCGGCUAAUGAAACUCCAGAGAAUGUAAUAAGGGUUUUCAGGCUUCAACAGGUGACGGGUUGAGGGUUCGAGUCGCGGGCAGCAUGAGCGCGGAUUGUGCGGGAUAUUACAACGCGGAGAACGUGUUUGUCAGCGGCUUCACGUGCCCCAAACCCGACAGCGACGCGCGCGCGAUUUUCUGCUGCGGGUUCAAUGACGUCAAAUACUGCUGCGACGAUCCCAACAGCUUUUUCCCUUAUGAGUAUGGAUAUAUGUGGUGGCUCAGUUUGGGAGCUCUGGUUGGUUUAUCUAUAGCUGCUGUGGUGCUGUUAGCAUUCAUCAUCACUAUUUGUGUGCUUUGCUACCUGUUCAUCGCCACUAAACCUCGAGGGCUGGACAACGGGCUGCCUUUACGAGCGCCAGGAACUGGGCCCACUCAGGAGGGUUCGAGUGAACCAAGCGCCCCGUCGGGACCGCAGGGUUUCCGCAAGCAUUUCCUAAGGGGAAAACUAGACUGUGACAACCAGCCUCCCGACCCGGACCGCCUGUUCCAGCGCUGCUUCAUGGCUACGGUCACCACCAUCAACGUCGAAGGACCUUCAUAAAGCCCUGGAGCUGCAAAUAUGACAUGAACAACAUUACCCAGGAGUUUUUUCAUCGGCUUUAUCCAACCAUCAUGUGACUGAUGUAACCUUUUGAACCAUAGAAAGAGUGUGUAAUUGAAAUCUCCCCCGUU